AUGGCCACUCUCACUAUCGCCCGUGCCUAUCAGUAUGCGUACCAUACUUACCCGAAUUACACUCUCGCUGUCACUGGUGGAACCUUGAAUGCUCUCGGUGACAUCGUUGCUCAGAUUUCGCAAAAUAUUCUCGUUAAAGAUCAUGAACCCAGACCCGGCUGGGAUCCCGCACGUACACUGCGUUUCUUUUGUCUUGGAAGCGGCAUGAGCCCUCUACUCGGGAGGUGGAAUUUGUUCCUAGAGAGACGAUUUCCUCUCCGAGCAUGGAGAAUUCAGCCCAUCAGUUUCAGAGCUCUUUCCAAACGUGUAGCUGCCGACCAACUAAUAAUGGCACCGAUUGGGCUCGUGAUGUUUAUAGGCUCUAUGGGUGUAAUGGAAUGUCGAAGUCCCAGGCAAAUACACCAAAAAUACACUGACAUUUUUGCUCCCGCUCUUCUAACCAACUGGAAGGUUUGGCCUAUAGCACAAAUGAUUAAUUUCCGAUACAUGCCACUGCCAUAUAGAAUACCUUUCCAGUCCACCUGUGGUGUUUUCUGGACAUUGUACUUGUCCAUGUUGAAUGCCAAGGAGGACGAAAGGCAAGAUAGAGAGGCAGCACUGCAAGCAACAGUCUGUUAG